AAGCUCCGGAGAGGAGACCGUUAACACACGGGGAGGGGAUGCGCACGCAGUACCUACACCUCCGUGGCUCGCGCUCAUCAGCCGCGUUAGUAUCGCGGGGCAUCUGACCGACCGGCCGCGCAGUAAACCUACAGGACCCGCUCGCAGCGGGGGGAACACGAUCAACAUGAAUCGCUCUCCGGACAGCUGGACUUGAGAAAUCGCCGAAACUGUCCCUCGUAGUACACCCAGAAUUUCCUCCACUUUUAUCACCUGGAAUUGCUUCAGCACCAGAACUCAUCAUGCUGUGGAAAACGGGACUGAUUUUUCUGUGCUGGGGCUUGACGUCCGGAGAACUCCAGGACAGGCAGUCCGGUACUCCUGCUGCUCCAGCGCGGACAACUUUGGAUUUCGGCUUCGUCCCCUCCGGAGUUUACGAUACUGUCGCCUAUUACGAGCCUGGGGCCAUUGGGAUUUUAUUUAACAUGAUGCACGCUUUCCUCUAUGUGGUUCAGCCCAACCCGUUUCCCGAAGAUCUCGUCAUUAGAGUGGCAAAGGAUAAAUUCGGAGCCAUACAGUCCGAGUACCAGAAGCCAGAAAACAUUGUUCUGACGCUACAGGUGAUUUAUUAUGAGCUUGGUUUUGUGGUGUGUGCGGCACUGGGCCUGCUGUUCACCGUGCUGCUACCGCUGGUGGGGCUUCUCUUUUGUUUGUGCCGCUGCUGUGAUAACUGCGGAGGAGAGAUGCAUCAGAGACAGAGGAAGAACGCAGACUGCCUUAGAGGACUGCUGACCACACUGUUACUCACCACCACCUUCAUUAUCACGGCAGGUGUCCUUUGUGCAUAUGCAGCCAAUCAGAACCUGAGCUCUCAGCUGAAGAGCAUGAGGAGGCUGGUGAAGAGUAACCUGAAAGACCUGCACACCUUCGCCAAUCAGACCCCUGCACAAAUUGAUUACCUGAUCUCCAAGUAUGACACCGUGAAGCACUAUGUGCUGCAUGACCUGGAGAAUGUAGGUGCGAUCUUGGGUGGAAGGAUACAUGAGGAGUUGGGAAAAGACGUGCAGCCCGCCCUCAAUGCGGCUCUAAGCAUGACUGGAACAAUGCGAGACACUAAGGAUGCUCUAGAGAAUGUGAGUUUGACCUUGGAGACUUUGCAGGAAGGAACAAUCAAACUGCAGGGGAACCUCAGCCUGGUGCGGGGCAGCCUUAGCAACGCCCUCAACGAUCCUGUCUGCACAGAUGUACGAUCAUCGGAGAUUUGUCGCAACAUACGUAGCACCCUCCCCAAGCUAGAAAUUGCAGCCAACUACUCAUCGUUGUCUGAUGUGACCAACCAGUUAGACAAAGUGAAUGAAGUUUUAAAGACUAAUCUUGGGCAGAUUGUGGAAAAGGGCUUUGCAUCAUUCAACGAUACUCCCAACUUGGUAACAGAUCAAACCCGAAAUGUUGUAGAAGGAGUGAAGGUUCUUCUGGACGACAUUGGAUCGAAUAUCACCGCUUUUACCAAGCUUUUUCCAGUUCACAGCACUCUGACCAACUUCACUAAAAUGAUCUCUCACACACACUCACAGAUCGAGGACAUCUACCCUCAGGUCGAUCAGAUGGAUUUCUACAGGUGGAUCUGUUGUAUAACCCUGUGCUGUAUGGUUGUGCUUAUCCUGGCCUUUAAUUUUCUGGGUUUGUUGUGCGGUAUUCUGGGAUUUGAUAGGCACGCCACUCCAACCACGCGUGGCUGUGUCUCUAACACAGGAGGCAACCUGCUCAUGGCUGGUGUGGGCUUCAGCUUCCUGUUCUCCUGGGUGCUCAUGGGAGUGAUAACAGCUCUGUUCUUGGCGGGUGGGAAUUUAGAAAAGCUUGUGUGUGAACCUUUCCAAACCCGACAGCUGUUUAAGGUGAUAGAUACACCCAACUUGGUCAACUCUGCUUGGAGAAACUUCAUACCAGGAUAUUUGUACAAUGAUCCUGAGAUGGACCUUACAGCGUAUUCUCUCUACAGUAAUUGUAAGGACAACAGAGGGAUUUACUCAGCUCUUCAUCUGGAUAAGAUCUUCAACAUCUCUGCCUUCUUUAACACCAGUGUUUACUCCAAGGAUGUGUCGAGGAAGUUUGAAGGGAUGAAAGUGGACCUGCGUGGCAUCAUUCUUCUGGAGUCAGAAGGCAAACAGAAUCUCAUCAGCUUCACUGAAACUGGCAUUAAUGAGAUUGACUUUGCUGCCUAUUUGGAGGAGGUUAAUAAAGGGGUGACUCGCAUUGAUCUAGCUGAUUUCGCCAGUCAACUUGAUGCUCAAGCUGAUCAGUUGUCUAAAGGGACCUUGCAGACCUCAUUAAAGGGACAUGCUAAUACUAUAAGGCAGAUUCACGUUCAACAAGUCAUCCCACUGGAGCAAUCCAUGAAAUAUGUGAAAGCAAGGAGCACACUUAAUCAGAGCAUCAGACUUCUGGAGAGGACGUCCUCAGACCUGCCUGUCCGAGUUAGAGACGUACUAGCAGCCGUUGAUGCUGCCCAGUACCUAAUUUCCCAAAAUGCAACAUUGGUGAUCAAUCAGGAAACCGAGAAAUACAAGCAGACUAUUAUUAGCUAUUUCAAGCAGUAUAUCGACUGGAUCAGAACAUCUCUGGCUCUGGAGGUCGCUACCUGUAAACCACUCAGCAACAUUGUGGACACGGCCGAGAUCCUGGGCUGCAGUUUCCUGCUGGAUUCAAUGAACACAUUCUGGUUUGGAUUGGGCUGUUCUACACUGUUUCUGCUCCCUAGCAUUAUCCUAUCUGUCAAACUUGCCAAGUUCUACCUCAGAAUGGACACAGAGGAUGUCUAUGAUGAUUCCUCUGUCUCGGGGACUUGGCAUUUCACGUUAUGAUAACCAUUCUUGCUAUUUCCAUCUUUCUUCAUCCUUCGUCUUUCUGUCCAGCACUUUGCACUUUAUAAGAGUUACAUGUACAUAUUGUACAAACAGUGUUUUGUUUUAGCAUUUUUCAAGCAUUCAUGCGUUUACAGUCGAGAAUCAUUGCGAUUGACAAGUCACCAAGUGUCUUGAUCAGAGACGUCCAUUUUGACAUCCACGUGAUGUCUCUGUACACCACUACAGUGCAUCUCUGUAACAUUUUUGCUUGUCUUGUAUCUUUUUAGCAUUGAGACAAUUCCCAUGAAAACGUAAGAUGUUUUUUCCCCUCCUCCUUUUGCUGUCGACUUUACUGCUAAAACGACAUCCCUUUCCUGUUCUGUACAUAAAACUUUCUGCUUAAUGGUGCUGGUUUAAGCUCUAAGCCUUGGAAUGCUUCUCCGGUGAAGGGCGCUGCUUGUGUUGGUGUGUUAUCUUUGAAGCUCCCUUGUUUAACAUGAAGGGCUGUUAAAACAGAGACCUUAAGAGCACACCUUAAAACUAUUGCUGUACAUUUUACGAGAUAAAAUUGCAAUUUAUACCGUUUCAUACUCUAUCUUGCGCGUACAUUUUUUCAAGAACUCUGUAAAGUUGUUUAUAGUCGCAUGCCAUUUCUCUCAUGUCACAUCAUGUUUUGUUUGAUUUUUGUCUAUGUAAUGUUUUAUUUCAGUAUGGAAAUUGGUAUUAAUGGUUAUUAUAAUGAACAUUUAGAAGGUAUCCAAAAUCCUGUAAUGGCAAGGUAAUCGGAACCAUAUCCCCGUACAUCCUUACGCUAAUAAAAUGCAUGCAUUAGGGAAACCGAUCGAUUGAGGUGAUAAUUAGGCGUCAGGGCUCCGAUGCAUGCACAGUUUGAAAUUGCCCUUUGCACAAACAAGCACCUGGGAGUUUUUGUUGUUGUUCAUUGUUAAACUAGCGUUUGCAUGCUGGCUCAACUCAACAGUAGUAAUGUUUAGUUUGUGUUUUGCACUAUUGCAUGAUAUUUGAAUUUAUAUUAACACUACGUGCAUUACAUUCUGCUGAAUUUAUUGCCCGACGGAAUCAGCAUUUUUGAAUUUAUUCAAAUUUUUGUGUACUUGCAUGGCUCAUGAAAUUCGCACUGGGCUGCUAUGGCUGUGAAUGGUCUUUCUCUCUAACUCAUCGCUAAUGGCAUGUGUUUCAACAGCAAAACAUGUAACAGAGGUCAGGAUGGUGGGCUGGAAUGACACGGAGCUUGUAUACAUAAAAACGCUAUCAUUCAAAGGUUUGGGGUUGAUGAUUUUUUUUUUUAUGUUUUGAAAAAAGCAACCAUUUAUUUGAUCAAAAAUAUCAUAAAAGCUGUCAUACUAUGACCCUAAACUUUUAAAUGCUAGUCAAUAUAUUAGCCUUAGUUUAGGCUCAAUAUAUCUUGCCAAUUGUGCUAAUGAAGUUUUUCACAUUUUUAAGGGUGGAAUUGCUUGAUUAAAUUAAAAUAGUGAUACUAGGAAAUUUACUAGGAGUUUUCUAUCUGGCUGAUCACAGAUACAUGUCAUUUCUAUCAGGCGGUAGGACAUAAUGUGAGGCAUUCCAAAUAAAAAAUGCUUACAGCACUUUUAAUUAUUAGCAUUUGAGCUAUACGUGUCAUUUUGCAAGCCCGGUCCUGUUGUUCUGUUGAAGGGUUAAAGAUGGUGGGAAAGCUGAUGGAGGCAUCUCACUGGUGUGUGUUGAUUUUAAAUACACUAAAAACCUAACUUUGACCCUUUGUGCCUUAAGCAUUCCUACCUAUGACACUAUGACUCGAUUCCCACGGGCCUCUGCGCCCCCGCGUCACGCCGACUGGUGACUCUGAGGACAGCCUGUCUUGUAACUACAGAAAGUGAUAUUGGAAACUGGAAUUAAACCUUUGUGGAAUACUCUCUCUGUCAACAGCAGACUCAGCUCUUAAGAAAAAGAAACUCACAUACUUGAAGCUGGGACCCGUUGUCCAUGCUUCCAUCACAUCAAGAUGACUUUUAUUAAUUGUUGUUUUGAUCAUUUUGCACCGUUAUGAUUAUAGUACUGUCUUUUGACUUUCCCCUCAACGAGCUAUUCUCUGAUGUCACAUCCUGUCAUAGUCAGGGAGGCUACAGUUUAUGGCUGUUCUAACUACUACAUGUGUCUUUGUUUACAGUCAUUGAGAAAUCACAUGUGACAAGCAUAACAAUGCUUUGACUGCUGCGUUCUUUUUUUCCUUGUGGGUUUUUUUUUCUUCUUUUUAUAGUGCUUUUUAACAUUGUGGAGAAUUCAACAUAUUGCAGAGUCUUGUCCACUGAGAAGCCUAAUGGGUUUUUAUUGAAAACAGAUCAAGCCAGCCACCCAUGAGCCACAAAUAUUACUCGUAAGCAAGGAUGUGUAGGUGUUCAAAAACAUGCUAAGUGCUAACUAGUGCUAAUUCGGUACAGAUAGAUGUUGUCAAGCCAUUUCAAGGGUGAAUGCAUUGUUGCCUUUUCAGAUUUUUAGCUAGUGGUACAUGUUAGCCACAAGUCACAGGAGCAGGUCUUUGAUUAGUUUUACCUAAUUAUUGAAGUUGAGAUCACUAAACUACAUUUGAUACUGAACUGCAGUUAUGCUCACUUUUGUACUGAAAAUAUAAGAUAUGAUGCAUCUGGAUUUAGUAACACCCCUUAAAGAUCUUGUUAGUUUUACCUACUUUAGCUAUAGCUGAAUAUAUCAGCUCCUAAUGAUAUUUCACUUCCUAAUUUUGCCGACUUGUACUAACAACAGUUGUUUUCCAACACAUUGUUGGAUUACCGUAAACUAUUGAUUAUUGCUGUGUGACACCAAAUCUUGUUUCAUUGUAGGUCUCAGGUUUUAGGGCUUUUUGUUUACUUGAUAUAACAAUAUUUGUGGACAUACAUCUGUCGCUAUGUGAACUUAUUGUCAACUAAAGCGAGUGAAUGUACCUCAGAGAGACAUUUGCUUGUAGAGGAACAAGAUAAGACCACAGAGCCCAUUUACGACAACUUUUACGGAGCCUAUUUAACGCUGUCAUAGUCAUCAACAGUUAAGCCACCAAAUAUUUCAACUGUUUCAUGUUAGAGACGUUAUGUCAGGUGCUACAUAUUUUUGCUCAGAUCCUUCACUUAUUGUGUAUGUGACAGUGUUAUCAGGGCCUCAGGUAAAAUGUUGAACUUGAUUUAUAUCCAGAAAGGUCCCGUCACCUCACAGUCUUACUGUUUUUGCCAUACCACACGUAGCAUGCGCAUACUUGGUGUUCAAGCUUGCUCGAAGAUGUUUAGUUGUGGUGGGCCUGGUUGUCAGUGCCGUUGGUUUUCAAGUCCAUGUGGUUAGGCUGGCUAAAACUGUAUAAUAUUGUCAAUAAAAUUUCAGAUGAAAAAC